CCAAAUGUCAUUUUGUACUUAAAAUGCACAUAAUUUUAAAAACUAUAAAAGUAAUAUUCUUUCUUUUUCUUUGUGGUAACUACUGAACUUAAAGGAGUACUUUUUGAUGUAGUUUGUUUUAAUCUGAUGAUAAUAUGGUUACUUGAUUUAAAGGGAAAAGUACAUAAUUUGAAAGGAGCACAGUUACUCUGGAUGAAAUAGAUGUAUACUUACAUAAUUUUUUUCUUUGCAGUGGUAAAAACUUCAACUAAUUUAGUUUAAAAGUUUAGAUCUUGUAACUUGAGGGUUAGGGUGGGAAAAAGAGGAAAACAUACUACAAUAUAAUUGCCAUAGGUCUGCUAUUUUAUUUUAUUUUAGAUUUGUUUAUUUACUUUUGUUUUUUUACUUUAAAGGUAAAGAGUAAGUUACACCAUCUUCUGUGUUCAUGUGUUUUUAUUCUAGUGGUGCUUUCCAGUUUUGGUCAUUUAAAGAAGUUUUUUUUUUAAUCGGAAGUAUUUUUAAAUUUAAAAAAUCAGAUUUUUUUCCCUCUCAUUAAAAAAUAACUUAAUCAUAUUUCAUGAAAAUAAGAUGACUUUAGUUAGUAUGUAUGUAGUGCUCAGUUUAGUUGUGUUAGUAAUUUGUUGGACUUGUAAGCCACACUUUUAAGUGGUUUGUGGCUCUGGGGAGUACUGGAUGAUGACUUGGACUUGGUAAUUUUAUUGUAGUAUUGUUUUAGUCAUUCCAUGUUUAUACCAGUUGGUUUGAGAUUUUUUUUGUUUUUUGUUUUUAUGAAAGGCAGAUAAUUUAUCGACACCAGAAUUCACUUUUCUCUUACUUUAUAUUUAGGGUUAAUCUGUAAAAUACUAGAUAUAGAACAUUUUUUGCCUGUAAUUUAUAUUUUAAAUCUUUCAACUAUUAUUUUGCUUUAAAGCGUAUUCUGUGGCAAGAGUAAAUUAAAUGUAGUCUAUAAAUCAUUUUUCAGUUACCUCUUUUUGCCUCUUUUAUAUCCUCUUUUCUCUGUGAUCUCUAAUUUUCAAUUGGCUUUUACACCUCCAUACUUUAUGAAUGGAAUCGAGUGAUUUACUUACACAGUAACUCUGAUUAAUGCAUUGACUUCAAAUGAGUCAUGUUAAUAUUAAACUUAGUAGCAGAUGUCCCUAUUACAGUAAUAUUUUUACCUGUGUUUUAGUGUAUACUACAUAAUUCAGUUCAGGAGUAUGUUGUUAACACAGGUUCUAAAAACUUAAGUGUAGUUACAUUAAUUCUUUUAAAAAAAAUAGCCAGUGUUAAAAAGUCAGUGCCUCUUUAUCAGUGUUUUCAUUCAUAAAGUUUUCUUCAAUGAAAUGGAAAUUAUUUAAGUUAGUAUAGGUAUCUUUACAGAAAAAUUAACUUGUAUAAUUUUCUAGUCUCAGGAUCUGAUUACUAACUACCUUUUUCAGACAAACUGUGUAGUUUGCUUUUUAGAAGUCUUCUUUAACAUAUGAAAAGUUCUUCCUUAGAAACUUCCUUUAUCUCUACUUCCCCAAUUUAAAAGUAAAUAAUCAGUCACUCCUCACAAUCACAGUGUAGUUCUUUCUGCCCAUAGGUCCUGUCCCCUUGUUUUAAUAAAAACACCUUUUCUCAGGGGGGAAAAAAAUUCAUUUGGUGAAUGAAUUUAAUAAAUCAUUUGGUAAAAGGAUUUUCUUCAAUUUAUUAAAUUUUACUACUGUACUUACCUAUAUAUCAUUGUAACUUUUUCUAAGAUUAAAAUAACAUAAAACAGUGGUUGUUCAGUGAUUUAAAACUAGGAUAAACAUAUCCCUGGUUAUGGGAAUUUUUUUCCAAGAGAUAAAGGGGCAUUGAUAGUUUUAAGACUAUCAGCUUCCAAAUCUCAGUUUUCAUAUAUGUCUUUCUUAAAAUUAGUCUGCCUUUGGUCCACAUUUCCUCCUGUUUUUCAAAAGAAAGCAUACUUCUCAUUCAUACCAAUUUUUACUGUGGUACAAUGUUUCAGAUUCUAAAAACCUCUUGGGCAUCAGCAAAAGAGAACAUUUUGAAAUUUUGGAGUCAGUGUUGCUGAGGACAUGAACCAUCAUAAUAAGUGGGAACAGCCCUCUUGUAUCCUAGGUUGUUUCCAGGUCUUUCGUUUCAACAAAAUGGACAGAGGAUCUAAUCAAGUUGUUAGUUAUUAAGAACAUGAAGUGUAACUUUUAAGAAUGGAUUGCUCUGUGACUUUUAUAUGUAUUAAAACUAUGUAAAAGAAUUGAGUGAUAUUGCUAUAACAAAACCUUUUUUAUUUCUGUCUACUCAUCUGUUGUCAGAAAGACUUCUUAACUUGUACUUCUGUAAAAAUUUUAAAUAGGAAUAUAAUUAAUCUCUAUUCUAGCAAUAGAAAAUAUCCACUUACACAUGAACUAAUUAGAAAUCAAUUUCUAUUUCAAAAGGAACAGAAUAUUCUAAAAUAACAGUUUUGUAAAUUAACAUACGACAUUAUAACAAAUAAACAUUUUUUCUUUAACUUUUUUAUGAAAAAUUUCAAACAUACACAAAAUAUGAUAGUGUAGCUAGCCCCCAUGGACCCAUUCCUGGCUUCUAACUUUCAUAGUAUCUUGUCCUCCACCCCUCUUUACCCCACUACUAGAUGAUGAUGGAUUUUAUUUUUACAGUUUGUAUUUUUGCUUUUAGGGGGGUUUACUCUAUUUUGUAUGUGUAUUUUUUCUGAGUAGGGUAGAUAGUAAGAACAAACAUUAAACAAGUGCUUUUACAUUUAAAUGGGGAAAUUUUGGGGAGAGACUUUCUUGGGUCAACAGAAUCAGAUAGUUUAUUUUACUUCUUUAUAUAAUUCAGACAUUUCAAGUAAUCUAUCCAAAAUGUUUUAUGAUUGACAUUGUUAAAUAACAAUUUUUUAAAAACAGGUUAGAAGAAAACUUAAUUAUGCUUUAAUUUAGUAAGCUACGAAGUAGAUCAAGAAUGUGACCAUAGUCUAGAAUUGAAAGUUCUUUUUUCUUUUUAUUAAACAUGACAGCUUAAUAAAGAAAAUUCGUAUUUGUUCUGUAAGGCACAGUUUAGGUCACAGAAUGAAAGUUCAGUAUAACUUGCUUAUUUUACGUUGAUAAAUUGUAUUAUGGUAAUUAUCCAUGUAACAUCCCAAUGCAAAUGCUGACAUCCUUUUCCAAAAGAGUUGUUUUUUUUUUUUUUUUUUGUGCUUUUUCAAAGGUUAAAAAGGUUUUUGUGGUUUAAAUGUUGUUACAUAUUUUACAGCAUUAGGAUCUAUGGAAUAUUUUGACAACUGCAACAGUUCAAUGAAGUUGCAAGGAGUGAAUAAUGCUGAAAAAUUUGACUAUGUGAUGCAGUUUUUGAAUAAGAUGGCUGGCAAUGAAUAUGUUGGAUUCAGUAAUGCAACGUUUCAAUCUGAAAGAGAAAGUGGAGAUCGAAAUUUUGCAAUAGGAUAUUACCUAAAAGAAAAGAAGUGUUUUCCAGAAGGCACAGACAUGGUUGGUAUAUUAGACUUCUAUUUCCAGCUAUGCUCCAUUGAAGUAACUUGUGAAUCAGCCAGUGUGAUGGCUGCAACACUGGCCAAUGGUGGUUUCUGUCCAAUUACUGGUGAGAGAGUACUGAGCCCUGAAGCAGUUCGAAAUACACUGAGUUUGAUGCAUUCCUGUGGCAUGUAUGAUUUCUCCGGGCAGUUUGCUUUCCAUGUUGGUCUUCCUGCAAAAUCUGGAGUUGCUGGGGGCAUUCUUUUAGUUGUCCCUAAUGUCAUGGGCAUGAUGUGCUGGUCUCCUCCUCUAGACAAGAUGGGCAACAGUGUUAAGGGAAUUCACUUCUGUCAUGAUCUUGUUUCUCUCUGUAAUUUCCAUAACUAUGAUAAUUUGAGACACUUUGCAAAAAAACUUGAUCCUCGAAGAGAAGGUGGUGAUCAAAGGGUGAAAUCAGUGAUAAACCUUUUGUUUGCUGCGUAUACUGGAGAUGUGUCUGCACUUCGAAGAUUUGCUCUGUCAGCCAUGGACAUGGAACAGCGAGACUAUGACUCUAGAACAGCCCUCCAUGUAGCUGCUGCAGAGGGUCAUGUUGAAGUUGUUAAAUUUUUGCUGGAGGCAUGCAAAGUAAAUCCUUUCCCCAAGGACAGGUGGAAUAACACUCCCAUGGAUGAAGCGUUGCACUUUGGACACCACGAUGUAUUUAAGAUCCUCCAGGAAUACCAAGUCCAGUACACGCCUCAAGGAGACUCCGACGAUGGAAAAGAAAAUCAAACAGUCCAUAAGAAUCUGGAUGGAUUGUUAUAAAGGUCUUAAGGCCAAAAUAUAAAUCACUUACCUAUUUAAUUGUGGAAAAUGAUUAUGAAGAACAUGUGUAUUUCUAUCUGGUAGUGAUGUAUAUUUUACAACAUUUGUCAUUUCAGUGUUACUGGAGUUUUCUUCAUUGUACACACAGGACAAAUCUGAUCUCUUUGGGAAAAAAUAGAAAUAAAACAAUCUCCCUCCAUAAUGUGAGCAAUAUUUACCUCGUGCAUUGUAUAAUUUGAUGUAAAAGAAGUAGUUACCAAUGCUAGCUUAACUGUGUGGUGGUCUUCAUGAUUUAUUUAUGUGUGUUUUUGUGAAUUUUUCAAUUUGUAUGAUGAACUUAGGCACUUAUAAAUUAAGUUCUGUUGUACAGUCUGUCCAAAUAGGUCAAGGCUGCUGUUAGACGCAAAAGGGUGUGAUUUUCAGGACUUUAAAUGUAGAGCUAGUUUGAGUGUGUGAACAAUUAUCUGCACUUAGGGUUAUGUGUUUUAAAUGUCUCCCCUCACCCAGCUUCAUGAUGUGACUCUUUAAAAAUUAAAAUAGUUAACAACUUGAUAGUAGCAUAGAUCAAUUCUGAUUAGACCUUAUCAGGGAAUCUGUUCAAGGUAUGUUUGGUGACCAAAAUAUAUAUGUGAAUGUAGUUAUAUACUUUUGAAAAAAUUUCCUUUUUCUAUAUCCCCUUCAGUCCAGCCUCUCUUCCCAGAUAUCUAGCUAUUUGCCUCUUUGCUUUAGCUGGGAACGUGGGCGCUGGCACACUAUGCAGUUUUCAUGUUUUCCACCGUAAGUCAGAAAAUGCCUCGUGUAUCUGGCAUCCGAGCUAUAACUAUGCCAUUUGUCUACAGGCGACGAACCAGAGAAAAAUUACUAAGCUAAGUACAAAUUAGUCGAAUUCAUCAACCUAAAAAAGGAAAGGAUGUGCUACCACAGCUCUUUAAGAUCUGUUUCAGCUUCCAGGAUAAAGAUAAAUUUGGGUAAGCGCUCCAAGCUACCACAGUUAUUAAGAUGUUAUAGGAACUGUCACAGUUACCAUUUAUUUUCAAACCUGUCAUUAAAAGUCUGCAUCAAAAUAUUUAUUCUUUUUGGGGGACCGCUAGAUCACUCCAGUUUUCUCCUGAUUCCCUAUUGUAGAAUUUUUGGUGGACUCUUUUGGUGGACUAAUCAUAAGAAAAGGUCAUUUAAUUUUAAACUGAGACCCGUGGUUUGUCCUGGGAGCAACUGCACACUGGCUUUACCUUUACACAGGUAAAGGGGUCUGCGAAUGAGAAUUCUUGAUAUUAAGCACACACACAGGCACAUACACACACAAAUGGACUUCUCUGAGGCUGUGUUUUGUGAAAUGAGCAAAAGUCUCCCUCAACUACAGGAAUGCUAGCUGUUACAAUGUGGCAAAGUCAGCAAGUUCCUUUUGUUUUUCUUUUGUAUCCGCACACUGUGCUUCCGACCUUUGUCAUGUCUGAUGACCCCUUUUCCACUCCAGCAGCCUCCAACUGCUUUAGGUUUUGCUUCCAAGCUAAGUCUGUGGCUUUCGCCAUUGCCCCCCUGGGACCUGGACAGCACCUCCUUUGGUGGAAGUGUGGCCAGUGUCCCUAACAGCAGCGUCAGACACAAAGCCGUUCCCAAGUGUACGCUUCUGUGGGGAAUCUGGUGGACGGGCAUCAGCCCUGCUGCUGUGCACCUGUCCCCCGGGGCCACCAAGCCAUGCAGACUGGCAGUAUUCCCAAAAUGCUGUAGACGAACAGCAUUAUCUGCAGAGAUACUAUGGGACAUACCUUCUUUAACUGAAAUCGGCUGAAAUAACUGCUCAAAUAGCAGCUUGUCCUGUGUGAUUAAAAUGAAACAGUCUAAGAUGAUUCAAUUGUGUGGCUUAAAGGUUACCAACAGUCUUGAGGCUUUAAUAAAAAGAGGUUCUAACUAUUAAUUUGGAACAAAGAAGAGUUUUCAUCUUUUUUUUUUCAGAUCAAAACUAUUUUGUAAAAUCUUUGUGGUGUCGUCAAAUGUGCCCUUCUUUACCCAUGAGGUUAUUAUGACUGUAUGCGGGGUCCUGCUCUGGCUGUUGGCUGCUGGCUGGUAAUAACAAGUUCACUUGGUUUAAGCUUUGACUGUGCUCUGGACUGCUGCCAUCAGUAUAUUCCAAAGAUCUCCUUGUUUUGGCUUUGGGAUCGUACGUGCUUGUUCUGUAUCAUGAGAGCUCUCUGUAUGGUCAUUUUAUUUAAAGCUUCUUAUACACUGUUGUUUUCAAUAGUCUCGAUGCUAAUAAUGAUCUCAUUUUUGGGUGUAAUGUGCUUACCCCACUGCUGCCCCACACCGCCCUUGAGCGGCACAGCCGGAUUAGCUGUCAGCUGUUUGAUGUUGUUGUCUGUCUGGCAGGGGCCGAGUGACCUGAGGUUGGGUAUAAAUUCUUCCUGGGGACUGUACAGCUAUGAAUGUAUUUGCUUCCAGAACCUCCCAAAGUGAAUCUAAUCUUAAAACUGUAAGUUGUAAGUAUUCUGAAAUUGGGAAAUAUUUAUUUUAAAUGAAAUCAGGUAGUGUUGCUUUUUACAGCGUAAUAAAUACAUGUAUCAAAAACAAA